AUGUCCAGCGGCCCUGGAGGAGGAGGAGGAGAAGGUGGAGGCGGCGGCAGCGGGCAGCAGCAGCAUAACACCAGCAGCUCGAGCAGCAACAAUUGCGGCACGGCAGCAGCAACUCAACUGAGCAGCAGCAACAACAGCAGGAGCAUCACACCAGCAACAUCGACAUCAUCGACUGGAACUGGAACAGGAACGACAUCCACGCUGCAGCGUCGUAUACUGCGCGGUCAUGCAGCGCAGACGACCAGCGGCGAACGUGUCCUGCUCAUCAACUAUGUGCCACAAUCGGGAGCAUCAGCCACCGCAUCCACUCAGAGUACUUCUCAAUUGCCCACCCGUAAGAUACUCCAGGCCAGAGCCUCGGCGGCAGCAGCAGCGGCGGCAGCAUCAUCGUCAUCAUCUGGUGGCGGAGGAACCGGAGCUUCAUCCUCCUCGCCACCAACCACGCCAGCUGUUUCGUUUGCCGGACUGGGCUCCGAGGUGACGGUCACCUUGACGCGCACAAAUCAGCGCGCUAGCGUGACCAGUGUCACUGCCGCCGGUCAUAUUGUUCGAAAUCAGCAAGCCACAACCUAUCAUCAGAGCACCAACACCGCCAGCACAGCAUCGACCCCAAGUGGCACGUCGGCGAUCCAUGAGCACAUGGCCACAUCAACGUCGCCACCGCCAUUGGUGUUCACCCAUCAUCCACAUCAUCACCACAGUCAGCAGCAGCAGCAGCAUGAGUAUCACCAAGAGCACCAGUUGGUGGAUCACCAUCAGUUGGAUCAGGAGCACAUAAUCAUAGAUCAUCACCAACAGACGGAGGAUGAUCAGUUGAUCGAAUACGACGAUAGCGGAACGAUCGAGGAGCAGCAUCAACAGUUGCAAAUGCAGGAGGAUUUGCAGCAACAGCAGCCACAUCAUGAAGUUGUCCAAGAGGUGUAUCUCCAGUAGGAGCGAUUAGUGCUAAGCCGUAGUGAAAUAAGUUUUAGCCACUCUAUAUAGAAUUUUGGGACACCCAAAAUGUGUGCAGAAGCAGAAUCGAAUUGGACAAAGCUUUAAUUUGGAAUUUUUUCUAAAAAUGUAUCUGUAUCCCUAAGUUUUUUACCCAUUUAAAUUUAUAUUUAUAAUCACCUGUUUCAAUUGCACACAUUUUGAGGAUUACCAAUUGAGAUAGUGUACAUAAAUACAAACUUAUUAAUAAUCUUAGAAUCGUGGAAUUUUUAGAAAACCAUGUCUCAAUUUGUAUAUAAUUUUCGGACAAGUAGAAAAAUAUUUUCGAAUGAAAGUAUUAAUCGCAAAUGAAUCACAUUGAAGUAAAAAUUCAAUCAAUUACGAGUUAAUAAAGAUUAUUUUUGUACUAUACAAAUACCGCUUCUAGAUACUUGCUAGUUGAGAAAAAUGCGGAUAUAUAUAAUAACCUUUGACGAUCUAUUCAAUAAGCUAUUGUCAGUUAAAGAUCAAAACAAACAGCAAUCGUAAUCAAUUGUAUGAUAUAUACACUUCAAUGUAGAGCAACAAACUUCGCACAUAAUACGCAUGUAUCUAUGGAUCAAUUCAACUCUGAUUGUUCGAAAACUGUUUGAUAACGAUGGCCCUUUGGAUUACAUUGCAAAUAGAGCGAUGAGUAUCUGUUCUGUAGGAGAAACAUAUUCAAGCAACCCAGUAUUUGGGGCCAAGGCAAUAAAGUGAGCCGGUUUGUGUACUGAAAGAAACAUAAAAAACAUGUGCACUUGUUUUUAUGGGGGUGCAAAAGUUAGUUAGCAAUGAAACUCAGUUGCGAUUUGUAUUGUUUUAUCUAUUUAUUGUUUGUUGCCUUUGUAACGGUUGCCUAUACACAAUGUUGUUUUCUAAUAUACAAAAAGCCAUUUAACAGCUAUCUCUUUUAACUAUUUACAAUUUUUAUUACUUUUUUUUACAAGUAGCAAACUAAAAAGCUACAAAAAUUACGUACUACCUUGCGUUUUCUUUAUAUUUAAUUUACACGUUGCGGUUACCAUUUAAAAUGUCUGUCCUACGAUUGGAAAGCUUUAAUUGGGGCGCUUGGAGGUUUUUGAAUACACAAUUUGUAAUUUGUAAUUGAAUUGCAAUAUCUACAAAAAUGUUUAAUUUCAUUAGCAUGUAAUCAGGCACUAGCUAGACAAUGUUUUUCUUUAAUUGCAGCUAUUUUAAAUAAUUUUUUGUUUGAUUUCUCCUGUUCU